AUGGACACGCCAAGCUCCUUGAUCUUCACGUUCUACAUCAUCAUCUUCCUCACUGGUCUCCCUGCCAACCUGCUGGCCCUGUGGGCCUUUGUGGGGCGGGUCCGCCAGCCCCACCCCGCUCCCAUCCACAUCCUCCUGCUCAACCUGACGCUGGCCGACCUCUUGCUGCUGCUGCUGCUGCCCUUCAAGAUCAUCGAGGCUGCGUCUGACUUCCGCUGGUACCUGCCUCAGGUAGUCUGUGCCACCAUGGGUUUUGGCUUCUACAGCAGCAUCUACUGCACCACGUGGCUCCUGGCGGGCAUCAGCGUCGAGCGCUACCUGGGAGUGGCUUUCCCCGUGCAGUACAAGCUGUCCCGCCGGCCUGUGUAUGGAGUGGUUGCUGCUCUCGUCGCCUGGAUCAUAUCCUUUGGUCACUGCACCAUCGUGGUCAUCGUUCAGUACUUUAACUCAACCCAGAAGGCCACAAAUCUAGAAGUUACCUGCUAUGAGAACUUCACCCAAGAGCAGCUGGAUGUGGUGCUUCCCGUGCGGCUGGAGCUGUGCCUCGUCCUCUUCUUCAUCCCCAUGGUGAUCACCAUCUUCUGCUACUGGCGCUUUAUAUGGAUCCUGCUCACCCAGCCCCAUGUGGGGGCCCAGAGGCGGCGCCGAGCUGUGGGGCUGGCUAUCGUGACGCUCCUUAAUUUCCUGGUGUGCUUCGGGCCUUAUAACAUAUCCCACCUGGUGGGGUUUCACACCAAGAAAAGCCCCAAGUGGCGGGCAGAAGCCGUGGUAAUCUGUUCCCUCAAUGCCAGUCUGGACCCCCUGCUCUUCUAUUUCUCUUCUUCGGCUGUGCGCAGGGCCUUUGAAAAAAGGCUGCAGGUGCUGCGGGACCAGGGAUCCUCCCUGCUGGGACUCAGAGGCAGAGAGUCGGUGGAGGUGACCAACGGGGUCAGGGGUGUGAGUCCAGUAGACCGAGUGCCAAGUUCUGACUCCGCCACAGACUAG